CCGCGCGCAGGAGCGGGGAGGUGGCGCAGGCGCCACCAUGUCGGGCGACAAACUUCUGAGCGAACUCGGCUAUAAGCUGGGACGCACGAUAGGCGAGGGCAGUUACUCCAAGGUGAAGGUGGCCACGUCCAAGAAGUACAAGGGCACGGUGGCCAUCAAGGUGGUGGACCGGCGGCGCGCGCCACCUGACUUUGUCAACAAGUUCCUGCCCCGCGAACUGUCCAUCCUGCGGGGCGUGCGGCACCCGCACAUCGUGCACGUCUUCGAGUUCAUCGAGGUGUGCAAUGGGAAGCUGUACAUAGUGAUGGAGGCGGCUGCCACCGACCUGCUGCAGGCAGUGCAGCGCAACGGGCGCAUCCCCGGGGGUCAGGCGCGCGACCUCUUCGCGCAGAUCGCCGGAGCUGUGCGCUACCUGCAUGACCACCACCUGGUGCACCGUGACCUCAAGUGCGAAAACGUGUUGCUGAGCCCUGACGAGCGCCGAGUGAAGCUCACUGACUUUGGCUUUGGUCGCCAGGCACAUGGCUAUCCUGACCUGAGCACCACCUACUGCGGCUCGGCUGCCUACGCGUCGCCUGAGGUACUCUUGGGCAUCCCAUACGACCCCAAGAAGUACGACGUGUGGAGCCUGGGCGUCGUGCUCUACGUCAUGGUCACCGGGUGCAUGCCCUUCGACGACUCGGACAUCGCUGGCUUGCCCAGGCGCCAGAAGCGCGGCGUACUCUACCCCGACGGCCUCGAGGUGUCCGAGCGCUGCAAGGCCCUGAUCGCUGAAUUGCUGCAGUUCAGCCCGUCCUCCAGGCCCUCAGCGGGCCAGGUAGCGCGCAACGGCUGGCUGCGUGCUGGGGACUCUGGCUAG